GACCGCCUGGCCCUCGCCGAUCGCUUUUUCAACCACCAGUCCUCGGGCGGAACCUGUUCCUUGAGGUUGAAGACCCUCGCCCGCCGGAAGAAGAUCGGUUUGUGUUUUCUUCGGGUGACAAAAAGAUUUGGAAUCACCGGACCCAAACCCUUCUCUUUGGGUGACUCGAGACUCCACUGCAAGUGGUCUUUUUGUGGGGCCGACCCCCCAGGCUUUGUCUGUUCUAACCGCAGGGUCGCCCGCCCCGUCUUUCUGAGGGCAGAGAUGGCCAAUUCGGGCCUGCAGCUGCUGGGCUUCGCCAUGGCCCUGCUGGGCUGGGUGGCCCUGGUGGCGUGCACCGCCAUCCCGCAGUGGCAGAUGAGCUCGUACGCGGGCGACAAUAUCAUCACGGCCCAGGCCAUGUACAAGGGGCUGUGGAUGGAGUGCAUCACGCAGAGCACCGGCCUCAUGAGCUGCAAAUCGUACGACUCGGUGCUCGCCCUGUCCGCGGCCCUGCAGGCCACCCGAGCCCUGAUGGUGGUAUCCCUGGUGCUGGGCUUCCUGGCCAUGUUCGUGGCCACCAUGGGCAUGAAGUGCACCAACUGUGGGGGAGACGACAAAGUGAAGAAAGCCCGGAUAGCCACGACCGGAGGGAUCAUUUUCAUCGUGGCAGGUCUUGCUGCCCUGGUAGCAUGUUCCUGGUACGGCCACCAGAUUGUCACCGACUUUUAUAACCCACUGGUUCCCAUGAAUCUUAAGUACGAGUUUGGUCCUGCUAUCUUCAUUGGCUGGGCAGGGUCUGCUCUGGUCAUCCUGGGAGGUGCCCUCCUCUCCUGCUCCUGUCCUGGGAGUGAGGGCAAAACUGGGUACCGUGCUCCCCGCUCCUACCCUAAGCCUAACUCUGCCAAGGAGUACGUGUGAGCUGGGACCACCCCUGCCCCAGCUGGGCAGCCUCUGGUAUGCCCAGGUACCAGAAAUAACCUGGGGCAGAUCUCAGCUCACGGGCAGGGUGCGGAGCUGAAGCCUCAUCACCCCAGCCCCGCGCACUGUGUACAUACAGUUCCCUCAGGGUGGGGGU